GUUGGCCCCAAAAAGAGUAGGCGACGCUAUAAAGACUAGGCGAUACUGAAAAGUUAGUUAGAAAGCAAGCUUACGGGGAUAAAUACGCGCUUAACCAUGGAGCAAACCGAAGUGAUGAAACCAGAAACUCUUGACGAUCUGAUCAAAAUUUUGCAUAAAAUCUUUGAAAGUGACAAUAUCAAUGUGGAGGAGGUGCAAAAUAUAAUGGAAGCAUAUGACAGCAAUCCACAGGAAUGGAUGAAAUUUGCAAAAUUCGACCAGUUCAGGUAAAAACAACAACUAAUAAAUAGGCCUAUGUUUAUUAUUUCGAAAAGUAUUAUUAUUAUUAUAGCUCUUAUAUCGUUUUUAUUGAGUAGGCCUGUUUAAUUUAAAAUAUAUCCUAUGGCCUGAUGAUAAACAUACUACUUUAAAAAAUCUGUUUAAAUACACACAUAUCACUAAUUAGGCUAUAUGCAGUUAUCACCUUAUCGUGAAAUCCUGCAACUAAUAGUAUUACAAUGAAUUGCAAAAACUCCAGUCAUUAACUUGAAAUUGGUGGGGUGCUGGUGAAAACUUUAACUUGAAAUGUGUAGCACAAGAUAUCAGCAGGCAAAGGCCCUAUACACAUUCAACGCAUGACAAAGGCUUCUUCUCAUGGGAUUUAACGGCAGUGUGAUAUCUCUCAUAUUUGCAAUCUAUUAUAUUGUUAAUAUAGCCUACAUGUUGCAUUUUAACUGCAAAACUAAUUUGAAUAGGCUACUAAAAAAAGCAUAACUAUAUUAAACUUGCCAUGUAAAAAAGCCUAAGCAAUAGAUUUAAUAUUUGUCAAUUAUAGCCAGGCAUGCAUGCUCUCACUUUAAAAUGUUCAAAAAGUUACAUUCGAAGAUGUUUACAACAGAAUGAGACUUUCAACGUGAGUUUCAUUGUGUCCUUCAACAAAAGAAAACGCUCUAUCCACAGUUUUCCCGGCUUGCACCAUAAACUGGGGGUUGUUUUGGUUCUUGUGGGGGUAAAUGGGGGGUGGGAACCCGUCCGCCAAUCAGAAUUUAGAAGCAGAAUCAUUUUGCGUUUGCGGUAUGAUCACACACUUGGGAAUGCAGCUGCCACAAAAACACGAAUUUCUAUGCGCUCGAAAACGUGACCAGUGUACCCAUGCAGAACGAGGGAACAACGUGUCUUACUCGAAUUACUUUAUAGACGUAAUGUCUAGACGUAAUAUAAUUUAUGAGUAGAGACGUGAGCUGGGCCAUUUGCGGUUCUAUAUAAUCUGAUAUUAAUACUCCUUUUGCAGUACUCCUAAUAAAUGUAUAUAGGUCAAUCACUUAAGAAGGGGCUCUAUCAAAAGCCUAGCAUUUUGUGGUGAAUUUGAGAGUAGCAUUUGUAGGUCUUUGCACAGAAUUACGGAAAUUAGUGGAUAAAACAGUGUGGUGCUAAAACAUCAUUUUAAAGUUUUCUGAUGAAGUCCCACAACUGGUAACAAAAUCCAUUGCAAUCCAUCUUUUCAAAACCCUAUUCCUCUGGUCUUAUUCUGGCACUAACUGUGUAACUCGAGAGAAUUAUGCCUCAACUGACAGUGCAAACUAAUGAGCUUUACCUUCAAGAAUGUGAAUGUCACUGCUUGGCAUUAGUAUUUGUGACAGAUGUUAUGCAUUUACAGUAUUGGGGUAAUAUUUGUGUUCCAGGUACACAAGGAACCUGGUGGAUGAAGGGAAUGGAAAGUUCAACCUCAUGAUACUCUGUUGGGGAGAGGGUCACGGCAGGUAAGACAUUUUUUUUGAACAAUGAUGCAAGUUAUUUGAUCUGAGGCAAUGAAAUCCCUCUUACUUCAGAAUUAAUAUGGUCAUUAAGGUGCUAUGUCUAUAGCAGUGUAUAUAUUGGCAGAACCAGUGUAAUUACAAUAUAUGACUUGUCAGAUAGAACAUCAGUAGAGGUCUAGUGAAAUGAAGAAACAGGCUCCAGGUAGAAAGUGUAUGGAGAUAACAAAGUCCAAUGUUCUUGUGAAAGUCAACGUUAUGCAAGUUUCAUAAAGAUAAAUACAUUUUUGGUAACCAUAUAAUAAAUUGCCCUUUUGAAACAAACAGAUAUGGACAAUUGGUCGCGUUGUUUGAGGCACAGAGAAAGGUACAUCAUUGUAGCUAAUAUAGUUUGAGAAGUGAAGUUGUACUUUUUGUCAGUAGAUGUGUAAUAUACAACACAAAAGGCAGAGAGUUUCUCUUUAAACAGGACUUGUAUUUUAGAACUAAUGGUCGUGUAUAUACACGUAACCACAUGUUUGAUUGCUGAGCCCCACAUAACACUGUUCUGGCACAUUCUAAGACUGUCUGUUUUCCACCACUUGCAGCAGUAUCCAUGACCACACAGACUCCCACUGUUUCAUGAAGUUGCUGCAAGGCCAGCUGAAGGAAACGCUUUUUGAAUGGCCCGAUAAAAAAACAUGCAACAUGGUUCAAAAAUCUCAGAGAAUCCUACAAACAAACCAGUGUGCCUACAUCAAUGGUAAGAUUCAAGACAGUUUAGUAUUUCCUCAACAUUGUUUGUCAGACAACAUAAGGAGGCAUUUAUUCAUAUGAUUUACAUACAUAAUAUCGUAUCGUCACCGUUAGUCCUGUGUAGCUCAGUUGGUAGAGCAUUGCGCUUGCAACGCCAGGGUUGUGGGUUCGAUUCCCACGGGGAACCAGUAUGAAAUUAUAAAUACACAUGUAUGCACUCACUAACUGUAAGUCUCUCUGGAUAAGAGCGUCUGCUAAAUGACUCAAAUGUAAAUGUCUGAUGAAAACGUCUUAACGCAAUUUUUGUCAUGUUCUUCUUUAUUUUUUAUUUAUUGAACGCAACAACUACCCUCAAUGUACUCUGAACAUUUAGUGACUCUAGGACCAAUAACAUUUAUACAAAUAGCUUCUAAAGUUUAAUAAUUGUAUGUUCGUUAAUGGGAAAAUAUGGGACUUUUUUCAUUUUCCUGAAAAAUUUAAUCAGACAGCGACGAUAUGCAUGUAUAUCUUUAUAAACAUCCACUUACAACUGAAUAUCUUCACUUUCAUGUAUUUGAUUGACUGAAAUCUAGUUGUAUAUGUUAAAAAAGGAUACGGUACGUAUUAUACAAAUUCUUAAUGUAUACUCUAGGACUCUAUGUGCUGUGUUUGGUGUGAAAUUACCAUAAGCGGAACUCACAGCUAUGUGAUACAUGAAUGUUCCACAUUCUGGUGCCAUAUCUUAUAAAUGUGUGAUGUUUAUCUGUUUUAGAUUCCUUUGGGCUGCACCGAGUAGAGAACGCCAGUCACACAGAAUGUUCGGCCAGUUUGCACCUGUACAGUCCCCCCUUCCAGACCUGCCAGACAUUUGACCAGCGGACUGGACACAAGAACACUGUCAAGAUGACGUUCUGGAGCAAAUUUGGAGAGAGGACUCCAUUUGUAAGCCUUCUUUCUGAAAUAGACCAAACACAGAGCCAUAGAUGUAUAGCUUAUCAUAGUCAUAUCAUUACCUGUUCUUCUGACUGCAACAUUGGCUUAUUAAGUCUUAAUGCCCUAGAUAUUAUCUCCAAUCACUGAGGUAAAGUUGUACAACUUUCUUUUACCUAAGCGGAUAAGUGCAUCACCCAAGCCACAGGAGAGUGAUGCAAUAUGUGAAAAUAUUGUUGAAAGGUGCCAUAUAUUAGUUUAUAUUAUUCAAAUGGCUUGCUGUUGAAAGUCUAUAGAGUACAAUCAGACAUUAUAUUUCAUUCGAAUGUCCCAGAACUUUAUUGAAACAAUGGGACACCUGUUGUUGUCCCGUGAAUGACGCAUGGAUAUCUUUGAAAAAAAGUCCUGAAAAUGGCUGGCAGUUUAUCUUAGGCAGUUAAGAUGGAAUGACAAAAACAACAUGUUUUGAAAACUAUAAAAACUUGAUGGUGUGUGGACCUUCAUUAACUAACAGCAUUGUUGUAAAAAUUAUUGUUCAACUAGACUGAGUGUUGUAAAAGUUAAUGUUUGGUGACUAUAGGAUAAUGAGAUUAGAUGUAUUUUGGUAUCUAAACAUGACAACGCACCUGGUUUGUGAGCUCUUCACACUAUUCUGUAAAGCUUAUCUAUUCUGUUGCCUGCAGACACAUCUGUACUGUUAAGGCUACAUUGACUUUUCCUUCCAAAUGUUUACAGAUGUUUAAUUACGCAGGAAGUCUAAGUUGUUUCCACCCAUUAAAUAACAGUACAAUCAGCAAUUCAGUGACGCCCCCGUAGUAUUUUAAAAUACAUUUACUGCAUUUUCUAUGCGUAUAAGUUUAUAUUUCAAAGGUAGGUUAAUAAUUUCAGGAUUCUGUUUCCAGAGGCCGUCAGAUAUGUAACAGAAAGACUGUAUUCCACACGGUAAUAGCUUUUAAACUAUAGAGCAGGUGGGAGUCUGCUUUAAUGUUCAGGCUGGCUGGGUGCUGUUAGGCUGGAACAGAACCAGACUAGUUCUGCUUGGGCUUUGCCAACAGCAGAGAGCUUAUCUAAAAUCCACAAAUUGCACAAGUUUACCUUGACCAAACCCCUGUCUGGCCAGCACUAUUACAACAUCACUUGCACAUAGGAUAAGAUAAGAGUAUGGGCACACAAUGAUCUACUACCACUUACCUUACCACCUUUCCCCUCAAUGAAUUGACAAAAUAAAUGCUUAUUCAGGUUUCAAAUAUUGGUUUAGUGCUGGAUUCCUCUCAAAUUUCUCCUUUGAUGCAUAUCAUGAUGCUUGGUGCUAUUGUCUAACUUACUGCACAUUUGUCCUUUACAGGAAACCACAGUCUCACAAGAAAACAACUGAGAAGCUGAAGACAUUUGCGUUUGGAAUGACAAUGUUGUAAAUUCAGUCAACAUGACACUGCAAAGAAGCCAAAUGCGGACCUACAACUAAACAAUAUAUUGGAGAGGACAGUUCAAAAGGACAUGUGGGUAGUUAGAAUGGCUUUAUAACAGCCCAGUGUGAGCUUGGCAAAAACUGAUGAGCACAGGAUGAAUGCAUGAAUAGGUUCAGCCAUGGAUUGAAUCUGCUCUUUGUUUGGUAGGCCUGAGGAGACCCCUUCCCAAUAACAGCAUUCCUAUGUGUCUAUGACCUGUGUAACCACACUUUUGUAUUGUUACGGCGGACGGUUGAAGUGUAUGAUGUAUGAGUGGAAAUAGGUUGUCUAUUCAAUCACAUAAAGUGAUGAUCUAAAAGCAUUCUGUGAUCAACAGUUUUACACUCAAUGGAGCACUUUUAUUGCGGUAUUAUUGAUUUUUACACAAAAUUCUCUUAACACUUGUCAAAAUAGUUAUGUAACAUUAAAUUGUUUGUACAGUCAAAUUAGUGUGGCAAUUUGCAUUUGGCAAAGGUAAAGCUUUAUAAAUGUAUUAGAAAAUACGAUGCCUGUAAUUUAUAUUUGCUGUGUUCAGUUUUUGGGGAUGAAACGGGGUGUUAAUUGGUUUUAGCUAUUUCAGUGUCAUUCUUGAAUGUGUUUCAUUGGUUUCAACCUAUGUAUUUGGAGACUUGUCAAGGAGAGUCUGGACUUUAGGGGCAGGGUUGUAUUAUAAUAAAGACAUUGUUCUCACUUUUUCUCAGGAUUUUGCCUGUUGUUUUAAUUGUAGAUGUAUUUAUAUAGUUGAUAGUUUACAACAUAGUGCCACAAUAGCAUUGUCAGUUAAAGAGAUUCUACAGUACUUUUGUAUACUUUUUAGCCAAUAUUUCUGAAAGUAGCGCUCACGAGCCAAAAGCGGUCCCUGAAAAUUGUGUACUACGUCAUUGCUCUCGCUCUGCUGUGUGUGCAUCUUGCUAGCUGUCACUC